GGGAUGUGGUAGCUAAUUAGCAAAUCCCAGUAGCUGAGGCAGGAGAAUUGCUUGAACCUGGGAGGUGGAGGUUGCAGUGAGCUGAGGUCGUGCCACUGCACUUCAGCCUGGGAGACAGAGAGAGACUCUGUCUCAAAAACAACAACAACAACAACAAAAGGCAAUGAAGCCUGAGCUUAAGGACAAAUGGGCGUUUUCCCAGAGGAUGAAGGUAAGAAAACGCAUUGCAGACAAAUGACACAGUGCUGGCACAGGCGUGGGGAGCAGCACCCUGUAGACCAGGUGAGAGUGAGGACUGAGGACUGGUGCUCAGAAUGGUGCCUAGGAGACCCACGCAUCCGUUUAUUCCUUCCUUCUGGAAAUGCCUAUUGAGCGUCUCCCGUGUGCCAGGCACAUUUCUAAGCACUGGAUAUAGAGCUGUAGACACAGUAGACAAAACGCCCACCCCAGCCCCACCCACAGGGCUCAUAUUCUCCUGGGGAAGCCAGACCCACAAACAAAAAGUCCCUAGAGUGGUCAGGAUGUCAGAUGGUGUUAAAUCCUGUUGGGAAAACUAAAGCAGAGAAGAGGCAAGGGACGAAAUUGAAAUUGUUACUCCUCGAGCCUCCUGAAUGGCAAACGAAUGAAUAAAUGAAUGAAUGAGUGACUCAGUUCCUGGAGGUGAGUUGAAGCCUUUGGAGAAUUUAGGUGAAGGGUGGCCUAAUGAUACAUUUUAGAAAUGUCCAUCAUUCCGGCCAGGCACGUUGGCUCACGCCUGCAAUCCCAGCACUUUGGGAGGCCAAGGCUUGCGGAUCACAAGGUCAGGAGUUCGAGACCAGCCUGACCAACAUGGUGAAACCCCAUCUCUAGUAAAAAUACAAAAAUUAGCUGGGCAUGGUUGUGCACACCUGUAGUCCCAGCUACUCGGGAGGCUGAGGCAGGAGAAUCGUUUGAACCUGGGAGGCGGAGGUUGCAGUGAGCCGAGAUUAUGCCAUUGCACUCCAGACUGGGCGACAGAGCAAAACUCCGUCUCAAAAAAAAAAAAAAAAAAUUCAUCAUUCCACGUGUAGAAACCAGCGUGGGAAUGGGGCUGGUGGCUUUCAGGCUGAGUCCAGGGCUGGGCGCGGUGGCUCACGCCUGUAAUCCCAGAACUUUGGGAGGCCGAGGCAGGCGGAUCACGAGGUCAGGAGAUCGAGACCAUCCUGGCUAACACGGUGAAACCCCGUCUCUACUAAAAAUACAAAAUAUUAGCCAGGCGUGGUGGCGGGCGCCUGUGGUCCCAGCUACUCAGGAGGCUGAGGCAGGAGAAUGGUGUGAACCUGGGAGGUUGAGCUUGCAGUGAGCCGAGAUCGAGCCACUGCACUUCAGCCUGGGUGACAGAGCCAGACUCCAUCUUAAAAAAAAGAACUUUGAGUCCAGGGCCAAAACCACAUUUUUAUGCAAAACACCUUUGCAACUUCUUCUUUCAAAGUGUCCAGAAAAGGGGGUGGGGGGACUGAAGGAAGUCGUUCAAUUUAUUCAGCCCUGUGAGAUGUGGAUAUAAAAUUCUUUCUGCAUUUUUACCAUUAUUGUCAUCAUAAAUGGUUAUUUAGAACUGCACAUUGAUUGUGUCUCAGGGGUUCUCAGAACCGGCAUUCAGCAGAACAGAACUUAAUAAAUGCUGAUUCAGGGAUGCAGAAUCGAACACACUCAUGCUGUCAACCUGUAAAACAAUCCCCUGAAUCCUCCCACAGUGCUCGUAGGGGCGAGUUCUGGGCCCUCAAAAGGUCUGGCAGUGGCAAUAAGCAAUCUAGGACAGAAUGACAUCAAAGUUGCCACGGGAAGGCCCUGUUGGGAUUUGCACAGGGAAGGGCGGCAGAAGGGUGUCCAGGCAGAGGAAACAGGAAAUGUGGCCGGGAAGCAGAGUUCAUGUGAGGGUCAGGAAGGGAGGGGAGCAAGAAAGAAGGCGAGAGAGAGGAGACAGGAGGUCUGAGGGGCGGCCACUACACAGGCCUGGAAUUCUACCACAGGGAAUUUGGUGGGCGCCUCUAAAGGGCUUUAACCUGCAAUUAAUGACAUGGUUGCUGAAUGGCUCCUGUGGGCAAGAGAAUAGGUGGUUUGGGGGACACACGGGUUGGAGGCCCAUGGAUAUCCCAGCAGCACGAGUCUCUGGAAAAAGACAACCUCGCCCUGCGGAAGGAGAUCCAGGCCCUGCAGGCCGAGCUGGCGUGGUGGAGCCGGACCCUGCACGUGCAUGAGCGCCUGUGCCCCAUGGAUUGUGCCUCCUGCUCAGCUCCAGGGCUCCUGGGCUGCUGGGACCAGGCUGAGGGGCUCCUGGGCCCUGGCCCACAGGGACAACAUGGCUGCCGGGAGCAGCUGGAGCUGUUCCAGACCCUGGGUUCCUGUUCCCCAGCUCAGCUGCUCUCUCCAGGUCCACAGCCUCACGAUUCCCCCAGCCUCCUCCAGUCCCCCCUGCCCUCACUGUCCCUUGGCCCCGCUGUGGUUGCUGAACCUCCUGUCCAACUGUCCCCCAGCCCUCUCCUGUUUGCCUCGCACACUGGUUCCAGCCUGCAGGGGUCUUCCUCUAAGCUCAGUGCCCUCCAGCCCAGCCUCACGGCCCAAACUGCCCCUCCACAGCCCCUCGAGCUGGAGCAUCCCACCAGAGGGAAGCUGGGGUCCUCUUCUGACAACCCUUCCUCUGCCCUGGGGCUUGCACGUCUGCAGAGCAGGGAGCACAAACCUGCUCUCUCAGCAGCCGCUUGGCAAGGGCUGGUUGUGGAUCCCAGCCCUCACCCUCUCCUGGCCUUUCCUCUGCUCUCCUCUGCUCAAGUCCACUUCUAACCUGGUCUUCGGAGCUGGGUUGGCCCCUUCUUUGGGCUCAGGAAGCAGCCUUAGCACACGGGCCUCUCCUCCCUCGCUUCUGGGUGCUGCCCUGCGUGGCUGACCAGCUGGCCCAGGAUUUCACAGUCGAAAAGGAAGCCACCACUGAUGCCUCCCACUGUGACAGGCCCUGUCACCACCAAUAUCUUAUUUCAACCUCACAGUUGACCUGAGAAAUCGAGAUUAUCACUCCACUUUUUCAGACAAGGAAACUGAGGCUCAGGGAAGCCAAGUGACAAGUCCAAGGUCACGAAGACUUUCUUGGAGCCCGAAACACCACCCUCUGCUCCUCCUUCUCCUGUCCUGGCCCAGGCAUCCUAGGGGCUGAAAUCCUGGAAACCGUGGGCUGGUGUGAGAAGGUUUGCAUGCUCAGAGCAGAGAAGGGCUCUCCCCGCUGCUUCGUGAUUCCAGGGCCAGAGCCAUGCAGUCCCAGAAACCCCAACCUAGCUGGGGCAGGUCCAGAGUCCAAGCCCUGGUGGGUAGAGGCCAAGCAGAAGCCCUGAAGUGGACUCUUACUUCCUCUAGUAGUGUUUUCAGUGCCAAGAAGCUGAAACUGUGGGCUGGAGUUGGGGAAAGGCCUGGAAGAGGACCAUCUGGGAUUUCUACAGCCUGGGUACCCAUAGCCACACCAAGGCUUCUGGGAGAUUCUGCAGGGUCAGCUUUCCAGGCUGUUCCCAAAUAGCUCCCUGCCUCCCCACUGCCCCUAAAGCCACAGCAGAAGAGCCAUUCAUCUCAUAAACAAAAACGAAGAGGAAAGAAUGAGGAAGGACCCUGUGCAAGGUUAUUUGCAGGCAGGUAUGGGCUUGUACCUGACAGCACCCACCCCUGUGUGGCCCCCAGGCCCCCAUCACCCUCAGACCCCUCCUAAGCAGUUCCCUCAUUGCUCUUUGGCCUAGGCUGACAGCAGGAAGAGCAGGGCCCAGGACCCAGUGGAAGUUCAGUGUUGGUGUCUGCUUCAAGAGGGGGUUUUACACUCUGAUUCCAGGACAAGCACUCUGAGGCGGGUGGGGGAGAGAAACCCUGGCUCUUCACCCAGGUUUCACACACAUGUAAAUGAAACACUAUGUUAGUAUCUAACACACUCCUGGAUACAGAACACAAGUCUUGGUACAUAUGUGAUGGAAAUAAAGUGUUUUGCAAUCUUU